CCGCCGAUGAGGACUCGAGCGGAGGAGUGACCCGCCCUCAUCGAGGUUCUCUGCCGCCAUCGUCCGGCAGCGUUUCUCCGGCCAACACUGGGACUGUUUUCCACAGCAGAGGCGGGCAGAGAGGAUGGGGAGCGUGCGAAGCCACCGCUAUAGCAUGGUGUCCGAGGAGGAGGACGGCACCAGGCUGGCCGAUGGCGCGGCGCCCAACGGCUACGGUGACAAAGACGUGCGCCGGCGGCAGAGCCGCUUUGUACGCAAGGAUGGCCACUGCAAUGUGCACUUUGUCAACAUGAGCGAGCAGGGCCGGCGCUACCUGGCGGACAUCUUCACCACCUGCGUGGAUAUUCGCUGGCGUUGGAUGCUGCUCAUCUUCUGCCUUUCCUUCCUGCUCUCGUGGUUGCUCUUCGGCCUGGUCUUCUGGUUGCUAGCACUCUCACAUGGCGACCUGGAGGCCGAGACGCAGACAUGCGUGUCCAACGUGGACAGCUUCACGGCCGCCUUCUUGUUCUCCGUGGAGACACAGACCACCAUCGGCUACGGCUACCGCUACGUGACGGAGGACUGCCCGGCGGCCGUAUUAACGGUGGUCCUGCAAAGCAUUGUGGGAUGCCUGGUGGACGCCUUUGUCAUCGGCGCCGUCAUGGCCAAAAUGGCCAAACCCAAAAAACGCAACCAGACACUGGUCUUCAGCCACCACGCCGCUGUGGCCAUGAGGGACGGCAAGCUGUGCCUCAUGUGGCGCGUGGGCAACCUGAGGAAAAGCCACCUGGUGGAGGCCCAUGUCAGGGCGCAGCUGCUCAAGUCACGCACAACGGCUGAGGGCGAGUUUAUCCCGCUGGACCAGGCCGACGUAGACGUGGGCUUCGACAGUGGCGUGGACAGAAUCUUCCUCGUGUCCCCCAUCACCAUCGUUCACCAGAUUGAUGUGGACAGCCCCUUCUACGAGAUGAGCAAGCAGGAGCUGGAGACAUCCCAGUUAGAGAUUGUGGUCAUCUUGGAGGGCAUGGUGGAGGCCACGGCCAUGACCACACAGUGCCGCAGCUCCUAUGUGGCCAGUGAAAUCCGCUGGGGCCACCGCUUCGAACCGGUGCUCUUCCAAGACCGCGACCGCUACAAGGUGGACUACUCGCGCUUUGACAAAACCUACGAGGUGUCCGGAACGCCGCAGUGCAGCGCCAAAGAGCUCGCUGAGAAGACACGCCGCGCCUCUGGCCCUGCCCACUCCUUUUGCUAUGAGAACGAGGUGGCUCUGGAAAAGAUGGAGGUGGUGGAGGACGGCGCCACAUGCCACAACGCUUCGCGCCACAACUCUUCGCGCCACAACGCUCCGUGCCACAACGCUUCGCGCCACAAUGCUUCGUGCCACAACGCCACGUGCCGCAACGCUUCACGCCGAGACACCGACCCGGGCAGUCUGCGCUCUUUGGAGUCGAGAUCUCUGACAGCUGAAUCGCAACUCUAAUAGCGCCCCAUUUGGAGACGGCAACCGACAAUCCUUGCAAAGUUUCCCGUCUCCGAAGGGUGGCGGCGAGAACGCAAAGUUGAGUCUUCCUUCAAACACACGCUGUGGCUUUCUAGCAGCGCCUUUGUGCCGUCAUUGUCACCACGCAACGACAUUGGAACUAGUGGCGAUCGUUGUGGAUCGCCAGCGUUUCUUCAAAGCUUGUCAUGCUUUCAAAAAUGCCACGGCAGAACUUUGGCCAAAGUUCCUCCAACCGCCCAGGGCACGCCAGGCCGACCGACCGUGCUGCCACAGCAUUCGGCUACGGCACCCUUUUGUACCUCAUCAUCGGUGGCUGCCCAACCCCCAUGUUUGGAUUGAAGCCACGUCAACUGACUGAAAGACUUACGGCGCUAGCAUCCCUUUGUGUUCCGCUUUUCUCCCUCCCUCUUAGUGCCGCCUGGCCUGAAAAAAGCAUGCACUUUAUCCAUUCUGCGCCACGGUCAUCCAAAGCAGUUUUGUCCCUUGG